AUGAGUGAAUCAGCAGAGGCUUUGGCCGCCAGCCAGACGAGCAGAAGAAACAUCACCAUCGAGAUCACCAACCUCACCAACAACUUCUGCCUCCUGGACCCCAGUGUUUACUUGGAGAGCGGCCAUGUCCACAGCCCCCCCCAGCCCACCGUGCGCCCGCUGAAAACCGAACUCUGCAACUUCACCAAGUCCAGCGGCAAGGCCUCCGGCGCCGUGGGCGUGAUGACCUACGACCUGUUUAAGCGGGGCAAAAAUUCCCCACCAGACAUGGUCGCCAUCAUGUUUUCUGUGCCCUACGACUACGGCUAUUACAAGAACUGGUUGGCGGUGGGAAUCUUUCCACACGGCAAAGAGGUCAAUGAGGCGCUGUACAAGGAGAUGUAUUACAACAAAGAAGAGGGAUUCAAGCGGAUGGAGGGCACCGGCAGCGGCCUCACCUUCGAGGGUGCGAGUCUGGACAUCAAGGCGACCAUGUCCCCGAUGGGCAAAGCCAUCAUGAAGGUGGAGGUGUGGGACAAGCUCUUCUCGGCCCCGAUGACUCAACACCACUGA